CCACCGACAUGGAGCUGUCGUCGCCGCCGCAGUCACCGGGCCCCGCACCGCCCUACCCACCGCCCGGCUACCUGCCGGCUGAGCCCGCGCCGGCCCAGCCACCCUCCUACCCGCCCCGUGCGCCCGGCUACUCCGAGCCACCGCCCAGCGCCUCACAGUCCUACCUGCCACCGGGCCAGGCCUACACCGCGCCUCCCCCGGCCUACCUGCCGCAGCCCCAACCCAAGCCCCAGCCCCUCUUCCAGGCCUCAUUGCCGCCACCCGCUGCGGCGGCCCCUCAGGACAGUGCUGCCAAGGAGGCUGGCGCUGGAGCCGAGCCGCACAGCGCCGCGCAGCCCGACCCCUCCACCAUGACACCCCAGGAACAGCAGCAGUAUUGGUACCAGCAACACCUACUUAGCUUGCAGCAGAGGGCAAAAGCCCAUGCACAGGGACAGCAGCAACUGAAGAGCACAGGAACAGUGAAGGAUGCUCCUGAGCAGAGAGUAAAGCAAGAGGAAGGGAAAGCAAAUGCUACUAAUCAGCAGUCUGAAGCUCCUUCACUUAAAGAGCCUGCAACACCAGCUCCCAAAGAAGAGGAUCCUCCUCUCUCAGCUGCCGAAUCAAAGCUGAAUAUUGAACCUCCUGAGGACUCUGAGGAAGACUUGAGGUUGCAGCAGUUGCAGGUGGCAGCAGCACAGUGGCAGCAGCAUCCACACCAUCGAGUUGGCUUUCAGUAUCAGAGAAUAAUGCAGAAGCAUGCACAGCUGCAACAGAUCCUACAGCAGUAUCAACAGAUCAUACAGCAGCCUCCCCACCUACAGACCAUGUCAGUGGACAUGCAGCUGCAACAUUAUGAGACACAGCAGAAACAGUUCCAGCAACUGCAUAAAGAAUGGGAGCGUGAAUUCCAGCAAUGGCAGGAUCAGCUCCAGACCUAUCCUCACAAAGAUCAGCUUCAGGAAUAUGAGAAACAAUGGCAAACAUGGCAGGGACAGAUGAAAGCUACUCAAUCCCAUUUGCAGGAGAAAGUAAACUCACUUCAGAACAUGAAGAAUCAAUACCCUGGAAGUGUUACAAUGCCACCUCCAUUUGCUUCAUACACUCAAACAGCUCAAGGAAGCAUUCCUGUUAUGCCUCCAACUUUGCCUCCCACAACACCUCCACAGGUUCCUCCACCCCUGUCUUCUGGUUCUCAAAUGCCAAAUUCAUCCAUUCCCCCAACAUCUAGUUCUCAGAGCCCCCAGCCUACUGAGACACCAAGGCCAGCUCUACUUCCCACCCCUGUUUCAUUUGCACCUAAAGUAUCUGGCUUAGCUGCAACUUUACCCUAUCAUUCUCAGAUAACUUCAUCUAUUGCCCCUUCAGACCAAGGAAACAGUCAGGUUCACAUGGCUAAACAAUCUGGGCCAUUUGCCUCAGUUUCAUCUGAGCAAGGAUCUGGGGAAUUGAAAACCUCCACAGGAACUUCACCACUUACACCCACCACCUCCAUCACUACCUUCACUCAAGAUAAACCUCUGAGAUCAGGUGGAUUGCUUCCAGACCCUCCAAGAGGACCAUACUUUGAAGGACCAAGAGGUCCUAGGUUUGAUGGACCUCGAGGAAGAGGUUUUGAGAGAUUUGAAGGGCCAAGACAAAGAGGGCCUCGUUUUGAGGGCCAGCACUUGGAAGGUCCAAAACCCAGAUAUGAAAAUCAAAAGUCAGAUAGACAGUCUUCGAGCAAAUGGGGGACUAUCCCACGUGGCCCAGCAUCACAGUUUUAUACUACCCCAACUACAUCACAGAUGCAUAGUACCCGACCAAGUGGGCCCCAGUGCAGGGGUCCCAGGCCUUCUUUUGGACAACAGCAGCUACAAGCAGAGUCCCGGACUGAAAACAAAGAACCUUUUACUGAUGCUGCUGGAAAACAACAGAUGGCAAAUAGAACUCAGUCUACUCCAAUUCCCAUUGAUACAGAUGCAAAGAACUCUGGUCCAGUCCAGCCAAAUGAGGACUUGAAAAAAAUGCAACAGGAACCACCCAAAUCUGAAGUAAAAGAAGUCAUUUCAGAGCCUAAAAAGUGGACUUGGAGUUCUCAGGAUCCAGCACAGCAAGCAGAAGAGUCCAAACCAACCACUCAGCCUCCACCCGCACAGAGUCAAAAACUGGCAUCUGUUCCCAGUAGUUCUGCAAUUUUGCAAUCUCCUGUUCCAUCAAGAACAGGAGAAACAGCAAUAGUGACUCCAUCCCCUGUACCAGGAGAUAAAGACUUGAAUUCUGCAGAUAAUAAAUUGCCUGUUUCAGAUGGCACCCUGGGGCAAGAUCUACCUGGGUCAGAAAACAGAGUAAAAGGCACAGUUAUGUCAGAAGGCAAUAGAGGCACUGGACCAGUAAGCAGGGGCAGGGGUCAGGGCAGAAUGGAGGAUGGCCGGGGCAGGGGCCAGGGCAGAAUGGAGGAUGGCCGGGGCAGAGGCCAGGGCAGAAUGGAGGAGGGCCGCGGCAGGGGUCAGGGCAGAAUGGAGGAGGGCCGCGGCAGGGGGAUGGGCAGAAUGGAGGAGGGCCGCGGCAGGGGAUACGGCAGAAUGGACGAUGGUCGUGGCAGGGGGAUGGGCAGAAUGGACGAUGGUUGUGGCAGGGGAUACAGCAGAAUAUAUGAUGGCUGUGGCAGGGGAAUGGGCAGAAUGGAUGAUGGUCAUGGGGCCGGGAUGGGCAGAAUGGAUGAUAGCUGUGGCAGGGGGCUGGGCAGAAUGGAUGAUGGCCAGGGUAGAAUGGACUAUGGCCAUGGCAGGGGAUUGGGCAGAAUUGACAGUGUCAGUGGCAGAGGACAAGCAAACAGAGGUAUGGGACAGGCAGCCAUCCGUGGCAGAGGCAUGGCCAUGGCAGCAGACAGCUGGGAUAAGUUGUCAGAUAGGUAUGCAAGCAGCCAGGAGGGGUUGUCAGAUGAACGUUCAGACAGCCGGGAGAGACUGCCAGAUGGGCACUUGGGCAGCAGGGAGAGAGGAUUUAUAGGAAGGUCAGACAGCCAAGAGAGGGUGUUGUCUAGCCGAGAUAGAGAGCUAGCUGGUCGACCAGGCAACAAGGAUAGGGGGCAGGCAGCUAGCCGAGAGCAAGGUCCUGUCAGACAGACAGGUAGCCAUGAGCGGGAACCAGUCAGGCAGGCAGAUAGCCAUGAGCGGGGCCCUUUCAGACGGGAAGGAAGCCGGGAUGGAGGGCCCAUGAGAUGGGCAGGAGGUCGGGAUGGGGAGCCUAUGAGGAGGGCAGGAAGCGGAGAUGGGGGACCUGUCAGACAAACAGGUAGUCGGGAACGAGGCCUAGUUAGGCGGGCAGGUAGUUGGGAGAGGGAACCAGGCAGGUCUGAAAUGGGUGGUAUGGAUAAACGCCUGGGUGACAGCUCUGAGAAAUUUCCCCCAUACCAUCGAGAGGAGCCUCUCAGGGGUCCCUGGAGCCAUGAAGAAGAGAGAAUGCAAGAAGAACUACCAUUGGAUAGCAGAGAUGCCCCUCUAGACUGUGAACUAGUAGAUGACUGGGAAAGAGAUCGAUAUUGGAGAGAGCAUGACACAGAUUUUCGGGAUGAUUCCUUGGACCCCUAUGAUAGAGAUGACAGGUUCUCACUCCAUCAUUCAAUGCCUCCACUAUCACCUCUUCCUCCACUCCCUCCUUUGUCUUCUGAUUUUGACAGACGAGACCCUUGGUGGGAUGAUUGGGAAAGGCCAAGAGAGAGAGAGGUGGAUAGAGACCUGGACAGGAUUGGAAGAUCCAUGGAUAGUUAUGAUUGUGAUUUAGAUAGAGAAUGGGACGGAGAUUAUUUGAUGCCUCCAGAUGAUAGAGAGAUACCAAGUCGUGAUCUGGAUAUUCCCCCUCUCCCACCCAUGCAGUCCUUUCCACCUUUGGACAGAUACCAUGAGGACCGGUGGAGGGAGGAGAGGGACAGAGAUUUAUAUGACAGGGACCGUCGAGACAGGGGGGAGUUGAGAAUCCGAGAAUACCCGGAGAGAGUCGACAGAUGGAGGGAGAAGCGAAACUACCCUCCUGAAAGGACUGACUGGGAGAGAGAACGAUUGUCAGAGAGGUGGUAUGCUGAUGAAGAAGAAAGAAUGCAACCUUUGGAGGAUCAGCUAGAUUUACCCAUUCCACCACCACGUUCCUCAGACAUGUUGGAAGCAGAUUCAGCUAUGGACACUGACCAAUCACUAGGGGGAGUAAUGGUCCUUAGUCAAAGACAACAUGAAAUAAUCCUGAAGGCUGCUCAGGAGCUGAAGAUGCUUCGGGAACAGAAAGAGCAGAUGCAGAAGUUGAAAGAGUUUGUACCUGAGCCUGAACUGCCAACACAUGAGACUUCUAGAUCACAGACCACAACUCCAAGGCCAGGUUCCUAUCAGGUGUCUUCUCAACAUCCAUCUGAGACAUCAUUAGAAUCUCAACCUAUUACGUCUUCUCCUGCUGUUAUUAUAAAGCCACCAGUUCUGUUCAGGCAGCCCACUGCAGUGACCAGGCCUACUUCCACAGUGACAAGGUCAUCUGCCUCCGUAUCAAGGCCACUUUCUUCAUCUCCUACUCCAAUUGCAUCCUCAAGUCAGACUCCAGGUCUAAAGCCAUCACUUGCUACUGUGGAACAGGAACGUUGGGAUGAGGAUUCUUUCCAUGGGCUCUGGGAUACCAAUGAAGAUAAGGGAGCAAAUUUAGAGUAUGAAUUAUGUAAAUCAGACUCAGGGUUGCCACCACCAGCCUCAUCUUCUGUUCACCCUUCCCUUUUGUCAUCUGUAUCAACAUCACUUUCUUCGGUUAUGCCAUCAAUUUCUAAACCACCUCUAAUUCAGCAGACUGUGGACUAUGGCCAUGGCAGAGAUAUUACCACCAGUAAAGUAGAACAAAUUCCCUAUGGGGAAAGAAUAACCCUGCGACCAGAGCCUCUGCCUGAGAGACAGCCAUUCCCUAAAGAGCACCCAGGCCAGCGUGACCGUUACAACAGAGAAAGAGAUCGUGAACCUUACUUUGAGCGUCAAGGCAAUUCCAGUAUAGAUCACCGAGAUUUCAAGAGGGAGCGGGAAGUGCACAGAGACCGUAGUUCUGGAGAUUAUGAUCGUGAGAGAUUUGAGAAAGAGCGCCACCCUCGAGAGGACAGGGUUCCUCCAACUGUACCUUCAAGGACGCAGUCUUACCGUGACAAGAAAGAUCAUCCCUCCACAAGGCGAGGGAGCUUUGAAAGACCAUCAUAUGAAAGGAAGCCAGAUCGCUCAACCUAUGAUCAUGGACCUUCCAUGUUUGGAGGUGAUCGAAGAAACUACCCUGAGGAGAGAAUGCCCAUUUCUGCUCCAUCAGUACCCCGCCAGCCUCCCCCUACCCCACGAGUGGAGAGGAAGCCAGAGUCUAAAAAUGUAGAUGAUAUUUUGAAGUUACCAGGACGGGACAGCAGGCCAGAGAGGAUUGUUAUCAUAAUGAGGGGAUUGCCUGGCAGUGGAAAGACACAUGUAGCAAAAUUAAUCAGGGAUAAGGAAGUAGACUGCGGAGGGCCUGCACCCAGAGUGCUCAGCCUGGAUGACUAUUUCAUCACUGAAGUGGAAAAAGAGGAGAGAGACCCAGAUACAGGGAAAAAAGUGAAGAAGAAGGUGAUGGAAUAUGAAUAUGAAGCUGACAUGGAAGAGACCUACCGCACGAGCAUGUUUAAAACCUUCAAAAAGACCUUGGAUGAUGGCUUCUUUCCAUUCAUUAUCCUUGAUGCCAUCAAUGACAGAGUGCGGCACUUUGAACAGUUCUGGAGUGCAGCAAAAACAAAGGGCUUUGAGGUAUAUCUAGCUGAAAUGAGUGCAGAUAACCAGACUUGUUCCAAGAGGAAUAUUCAUGGACGCAAGCUGAAGGAGAUCAAUAGGAUGUCUGAUCACUGGGAAACUGCACCACGUCACAUGAUGCGUUUGGAUAUUCGUUCUCUGUUACAAGAUGCUGCUAUUGAAGAGGUGGAAAUGGAAGAUUUUGAUGCAAAUAUUGAAGACCAGAAAGAAGAAAAUAAGAAAGAUGCAGCAGAGGAAGAGGAGAGUGAACUGGGUUACAUUCCGAAAAGCAAAUGGGAGAUGGACACUUCUGAGGCAAAACUAGACAAGCUGGAUGGCUUGCGGACUGGCGCUAAGAGGAAACGUGACUGGGAAGCAAUUGCCAGCAGAAUGGAGGAUUAUCUUCAGCUUCCAGAUGAUUAUGACACCCGUGCUUCUGAACCUGGCAAAAAGAGGGUGCGUUGGGCAGACCUAGAAGAAAAGAAGGAUGCAGAUAGGAAGAGGGCCAUUGGAUUUGUGGUUGGACAAACAGAUUGGGAGAAGAUUACAGAUGAAAGUGGUCAUCUUGCUGAAAGAGCCCUCAACCGCACCAAAUAUAUUUGAGGCAGUUAUUAACUGGAUUUUUUGUACCUUUAAGGCCAUUUGCUUUGAGGAGAACUAAACAAGGAGUGACCUGGGCAUCCUGUGUGGAUUUUGUCACUCCCACCUUCACAAUUGUUUUAGUUUCUUUCAUUACUUUAGUUUCUGCAAGUUUCUUGAAAUGUUGGCAAUGAUUACUGGUGACCCCAAAAAACAAAUUCCCGCUGUACUUAAGCGAGAGAGACAGUUUUCUUUUUAAUAUUUUUUGGAGGGGGGGAGGGGUGGGUCAGUAGUUUUAGCUGCUAUGCAUGGGGUAGGGUGGAAGGAUUAGACAAUGUUUCCUCCACUGUACUGUCACAGAAUGUCUUUCACCUUUGCUUUGUGGCCGUUCUCGUUUUAUACUGUAUGUACCUUGUAGCUUAUUGUAGUAGGAAGCAGAUUAAUAAACUUUCACUAUAAACCCAAUGAGCUUUGUGAACCAAACAGCGUGGGCCUUUUUCUUGGCGUUUGUUUUACAUUUUGGAUAUGGUCUGUCUUUGUGUGUUGGCAAACGUUAAAAUUCGUCAUCAUUUGGAAGUAACAUCAUUCUUGUAUUCCAGAGUAUGCCAUGGCUUUGGCCUCCAGGAGGUUUAUCAUCUGCCCUCCUUUUGGGAAUCACCUCUUUUUCAGGCCUUUGGUCCUUAUCAGUUUCUAAUAAUU